AGGUGAACGAGGCAAAUGACACGUUCAGUCAAGUCAUUCCGACCUUUGUGGAAGUUGGCGGUCAAAGAGUUGAUACUGGCUACAAGGAGCAGUUUGGCUUCCCGGGCUUGGGCCGCUUGACGGUGAUGGAUAUGUUCCAGAGGAGUGUUCCUGUGGCUUUCACGGGCGUCUUGUAUGUCUUCCGCAAUGACUUCUGGGUCAGCUCGCAGGAGGCUUUGAACAUUACUCACUUCGACUGGGAGCAGAUGAACCACGGCCCCAAGACCUGGAACGAACUCUCCAACAUCGCCGCGCCCUUGCCCGGGUCGCUCCAGGCCGAGGCCGUCGCAUCGCUCUACAGCAAGAUCGGCAAGGAUUUGGCACCAAUGAUGGGGAAACCCCUCAGUGCGCAGAAGCAGGCCGAGCUCGUCACCGCUGCUGCUAAGAAGGAAGAGAAACAGGAUGCGCACAAGAACCCUGAAUGGAAGAAGAUUUGGGUGAAGGCAGAAUGUGCUAAGGCAGCCUACAACAAAAACGUCAAUCCCAAUUUUUCCGGUGACUUCGACCCAGCAGCCGCCCAAGCCGCGGUGGCCGCCUUCUCCGCCUGCAACGGCGACCAAAUGCCGCCGGGAGGAGCCACUAUCGACCCGGCCGCCGUGAAGGAAAUCUACGACACGGUGGUGAAUAAUCCCGGACUGAGCGCAAAUGAGACCGCCACUGCAGUGGCCAAGAUCAUUGCCAACCCAGCGAAGCUGACCGGCAGAGAUGCCAGAAUUGCCAAAAAGGUCAACAAACAGUCGUUGGCUGAAGCGACUCCGCCGGCGGUGGAGAAUCCGCCGGCGGAGAAUCCGCAGGCGGCGACUGAUGAACAGAAUCUCGAAAUCGACCAGCUGGCCAAAGUUGUACAGUCCGCUCCACCAGCCACCGGGCAGAUGCAAGCAUUGAGUGCCUUGAAAGCUUUGAAGGCCAAAGCCUCGGCUGAUGGAAGCGCUUCUGGAACUGAGGCAUCGGGGCUUCUGAGUAGUUUGGGAGCUAAGUCUAUUCCAGCAGCAGUGUCAGCAACGCCACCGGCUCCAACACUUCCAGCUUCUGCGGAGAUGGAGGCACCUGAGCCACCACAACCUGCGGCUGCUGAAGCUGCGCCAGCCACCCAAAUACCGCUUCUAAAGAUGCCAAAGGCUCAGGGUUUCGGUCUCCUGGGUAAAUUGAAAGCCAAGCACAAUCCAGCAGCAGCAGCGCCACCAACGCCCCCAGCUCCAACAUCGGCGGAGACGGAGGCACCUAAGCCGCCACAACCUGCGGCUCCCUCCAUGUCGAAGAUUGUGGCCGCAAUGAAGGCAAAGGCUCCGAAUGCCCCAGCUGCAGCAACCACUCUUGCGACAAAGGACGUGGAGGAGCCAAUCACGGCAGCGAUGGCCAGGGACGCCAAGACGUCGAAGGAAGUGCCGGAGAUUUCCUCGGAUGACAAGGUGAAGGCUGCGAAGGACUUGAAAGCCUUGAAGGAGAAGAGGGCUAAGGCAGCUAAGCAUAAGGCAGAGGCGGUGGCCGCACCGGCCGCACCUGCCGCACCUGCAGCCGCUGCGCCGGAGGCGACUGAUGAGGAAACUGAGCCGUCUGCGAAGCUUCAAGAAGCCGCCGCAGAACAUCCUGAGCUCCGUGAGGCGUUGUUGAAGAUGAAGGCCAUGCACAAUCAAUUUCCUGGCCAAGAUGUUGACAAGUUGAUUGCCAAGCUGCCCGAUGCAUUGGCAGCUGAGGGAGCCGAAGACGCUCCCAAGGAGACUGUGAUCUAAGCCCGUCCUGCACAGAAGGAGGGCGUACUAAUAUUAUGCUGACACCGACCCGUGUUAGCCACGAACCAGAUUACCACACAGUCUUCGUCGCUUUGAUGAUCUGGGUGGCGCCUGGAUAUUUAAGCAUGUUCUCAUGUUCCUCCUCAGCUCUAGGUGGCCUCUCGCCUGAGGAUCCUACAGAUGGCAUCCUGGCGCCAAAGUGGUGCUCAGGAUCCAACUACGAAAGGGGUCCAGCAGAAAGAACGCCCC